AUUAUGUUCCCACACCUUCAGGAUGCUCAAGCAGCCACUCAGCGGAAGAAAAAAAAAGGUUCAACAACAAAUCUACUGCUCAUUAGCUGAGUCGCAGCGAAAGCUCCGUUAGACAAACAAGCCCACGCGAUCAGCUGAAGCUGCGUUUUUUUUUUGCGACCUCAUCAGGAAAUUGGCAAGCACUCUAGCAAACGUGUUAGUAGGAACAGGCAGCAGCACUACUAAGUUCGGUAUUGUUUAGCCCGGCUGACUGAAGUCACCUGAUCGCGUCAGAACCAGUGGUGAUCAACGAUUCGUUUACUGUUUUGAUUAGUACACUUCGGCUGUGUACUAGCUUGUAACUACACUGAUAUUGGUAGUAAUCGUCGUCAUCGACGACGCGCCGUUAACAACAGUCAUCAUCAUCGGAUUCUUAUCACGUUUCCCGAAGGCGAAAACUUCACUUUCCUUCUCGGUCUGGGACUACGAAGACGACACGAUCAACCGUGCGGCAUAGCAAGUUCUUGGCUCAGUCAGCAUUCGGCGGGCUCUCGGUUCACCUCGUGAGUCGGGUUCAGUGUUCGGUUCUAGGAAGAAUCUCUCGAAAAAAGUUUUGGUGAAGAGCGAAGAAAUGAACUAACGAUAGAAGUACAAAAAAGUACAAACAUCUACAUCAGCUUAAUAGCUGAAAAGUGCGAUUGAACUGUGAGUUUGGGUGAAAUCAUCAGUGAAAUUACAUAAUUUUCUGUGAUCUGCUAAUUGUUGACGAGCGAUUCGUUGCGUUCACUUGACACAUGCGGUCUGUUUAGUGUGUUUUAAUAACAAAACACAUUUGUGAAGGCUGCUUUUUGCGGACGCCCGACACCCUCUCAAUUCUAGUGAUAGUUCAUUAGUUGACAAGAAUCUCUAACGAGUGGUUCAUUAGAACGCGCGACACUUUCGUCAUCCACUGUUGUGUAUACUAAACCAUUUGUGAUAAACUAAUCGUCGACUCAGACAAACAGCUGCGAACACAAUCGAUUCAACAAUAAUCAAAACAGAAUCAACCAUGCUGAACCAGAAGGGAGUUUCCUCGGAAAGCAGCAAUCCGAAGAUGAAACCGGAGUACAACGAGCUGUCCUAUCUCGUUACCAGACAGUGCCUGCACCAGGAAGAGUUCAUUCAGCUGUCCCAGUACGAUCGGCACAAACCGACCCCCGCUGAACAAAUCGUCAACUCGGUGCGUAACUUCAAACCCUGCUCAACGCUACUGGGCUUCGUGCCCAUUUUCCAAUGGCUGCCCAAGUACUCGCUCAAGCAGGACCUGAUGGGAGACGUGGCGGCCGGUAUUACCUGUGCCGUAAUGCAGAUUCCCCAGGGCAUGGCCUAUGGGCUGCUGGCCGGUGUCGACGCCAAGGUUGGGUUGUAUAUGGCCUUCUUUCACUGCCUGAUCUAUGCCGUGUUUGGAACCUCGAGGCACAUUUCGAUGGGUACCUUUGCGGUGGUGAGUUUGAUGACGGCCAAGGUUGUGGCAACCUAUUCAACGGUGAGCGCCAAGGAUUUCAACUCGACGGAUUUUGCUGCCGAAGGAGUGCCUGUUGAUCCGGCGGUGGUGCUGCAGCCUCAGUACACACCAAUCCAGGUUGCGACGGCUGUUUCGUUUAUAGCAGGGUGUUUCCAUAUAUUCAUGAGUGUCUUACGUCUGGGAACUUUGUCUUCUCUGUUGAGUGAACCUCUGGUGAGUGGAUUCACUACCGCUGCAGCUGUUCACGUCUUGGUCAGUCAACUGAAGGAUCUCCUUGGAGUUUCGAUUCCUCGCUAUAAGGGUGCCUUCAAGAACAUCUUCUCGGUGCGGGACAUCAUCCAGCAGGUUCCAAACAGUAAUCUGACAGCCGUCUACACCUCGAUAAUUGUGAUCCUGUUUAUGAUCUUCAUGAACGAGUACCUGAAACCGUUGGCCUCCAAGCGUUGCAAGUUCCCAAUCCCGGCGGAGUUGAUGGUCGUAGUUGGUGGAACGGUUGCGUCAUACCUGCUAGGUUUGGGACCGAACUUCAACGUCACCCUUGUUGGAACGAUUCCUGUUGGGUUGCCAGCUCCUGAAAUGCCUCCACUAGCCCUGAUCAAAAUGGUUGCAGUGGAUUCGAUCGCCUUAACCAUCGUCAGCUACUCGAUUGUUAUGUCCAUGGGACUUAUAUUUGCUCAAAAGGAAGGUUACGAAGUUCGGCCUAACCAGGAACUGAUCGCAAUGGGUGCAACUAACAUCAUCGGAUCGUUCUUUUCGUGUGUUCCAACGGCUUGCUCGCUGAGCAGAUCACUGAUCCAACAUCAGUCCGGAGGCAAGACCCAGAUAGCCGGAGUUAUGAGUUCCAUGUUGAUUUUGGUGGUACUCCUCUGGGUUGGACCGUAUUUUGAGACACUACCGCGUUGCGUACUUGCCGGAAUCAUCCUCGUAGCUCUGAAGGGCAUGUUAUGGCAGGUCAAGCAUAUCAAGAAAUUCCAUAUGGAAGGAACGCUGGAACUGUUUGUGUGGUUGGUUACCUUCUUCAGUGUUGCCGUGAUCGAUAUCGACAUCGGCCUGUUGAUCGGAGUCCUUUUCUCACUGGUGGCCUUGUACAUUAAGGGAUGGAAGUCAUACUACAGUCUCCUUGGAACAGUCCCGGACACGGCAAUCUACGUAGACAUUGGAAGUCACCAGCGGGCAGAGGAGAUCCCUCACAUCAAAAUCUUCAAGUACUCGGGUGCGAUCAACUUUGCUAGCAAGUCUUCGUUCAAGAAGACCCUCAUCAAAGAGGUCGGAGUUUGCCAGAAACUUGUACACCGGGCGUCCAGCUAUGACGCAGCCGGUGAAGGAGCUGGUCUACACAUCAUCAAAACCGUGAUCAUCGACCUGUCCAGUGUGCCACACAUCGACACAGCCGCCUGUAAAACGUUCAAAGACAUCAAAAAGGAGCUGGAGAACGUCGGAGUCAGUACUCUGAUGGCUGCGCCGUCAGACUGUGUAUAUGACACUCUGAUCCACGCCCAGUCCAUAGGAGAGGGAGACUUCCACAUAUUCCCCACCGUUCACGAUGCGGUCCUAUACGCUCAAGGAUGCGGUUCAGCCGUCUAAAAACCUACCCCGCAUCCAAAAAAAAACACUCAGGAAACAAUUUUGCUGAUGUGCCAAAGAAUGUAGCCCCGCAAUCAACAGGCAAGCAAGCUGGCUGGCAGCACUGGCUCGAAGUAUUCUCACCUCCCCCAAAAUGGAACUUGUGCCUUUUUUCUCUCUUAAGGAAGCUAGCGAAACUGAGGGCUUGCGCCGGAGCAAGCACCCACAUAUUAUGAGAUAAAUUUUAGUACUUAAGAUCAAACACGUUUAUAAGUCAAUCUAGAAAUUUAUCACUGAUAGUGUAGAACAUUGCAAAUGGCGGAGAAGAAUUCUCUUGCGGAAAAGUUUAAGCAGAGCUGAACUUUUUCUCAUUUAUGAAAACAGCUAACACUGAAAACGCGUUAAGUUUUAACUUAUCACCAGGUAGUGAAUGUAAUCAAAAAUUAUCCAUUACAAGAUUCGGAACUCUUGCAGAAAUCGACGGACAAAAUCCAAAAGCGCCACCAUCAAAUGCUGCGGCAGAAAUGCAACUAUUCAGUAAAACACGCUAAGAAAAAAAAAACAAUUUAUAUUACACGGUCGGAAAAAACUAGCAUUUUGAAGGUUCAUUUGCACAACAAACACACUGAGAUCUUUCUCUACGUGAUCUUGGCUCUCCAAAAUUAGCACGGGUUUUCGGUAUCAGAGUCGUCAUUCGCUAUUCAAAGCUUUUUUUUUCUUGGGGGCCGUUCAGAUACCACGUGGAUAGAAAAAUGCAAUUUUAGACCCCCUCCUUCCUCUGCUCGGACAAGCGUGGACGUUUGGCAUACCCUAAACCCGUCCUCGGAUGUCCACGUGGACAGGUUUGAAUUUUUUUUUUCUAAAUCUCAUUUGACAGUUAGAAAACAGUAAAACACUACUUUCUGCUUUUUUGUUAUAGAAAUGGCUGAUUUUGAAAAAAAAGCGAAAUAGCAUUUCCUGAUAUGAAAUAAUUUUAAAAUUUUAAAUUUCUUAAUUAUGUUAUUUAUCACUUGCUUUCAAGUAGCUACUAGAUGUUUAAACUUAAACUGGAAAACUUUGCAAUUUUAAGAUUUUGAAUAAAACAUCUGAAUAAAACUAGAUACAAUUUAUCUUCAUCUGAAUGAAUUAAACUAAAUUAAAUUAAGACCUUGGUAAAACAAUCUGUAUUAUAUAUCAUGUUAUAACAUAAAUCAGGAUCGCAAUAAAAAUAAAUACUUGGCCAAGUCAUCAAAACCCUUAAUCGCAAUAUCCUCAGCACUGUUCCGUGGAAUUUGAAAUCAAUGAUCAGCCUCAACCAGAUAUGCAGUACAAAUAAGUUAUCUGUUAAAAUUGAAGAUUAUUAUUUUUUAUUGAGGAAUCUGAAUGCGCAAAAACGAGUGAGGUUCUCAAUUAAAUUGAGUCAGUGGCAUAGCAUUUCUCCAAAAAUUGGCGAAAGUAUGUCAGAGUAUAUUUUGCAAAUGUAUUUCAAAUUUGAACAAAAGCAUAUUAGAGUGCAUUUGAACCCCCCGGAACGAGGGGUACAAGUGAAAAAUUCAAUUAUCGAGAAAUGUUGACCUUUUCUGUCAGUAGAUGGUGUUAAGGUUUGUUAAAAGAUUGUCCGUUGGCGUUUAUAUGAAAUAUUUUAAGAGCUAGGUAUCUUGGAAUAUAUUAUUUUUGAUGUAAUGUUUAUUUAGAAAUAACUAAGAAUGUAGUAUUGUCGCCGAGAUGUUUUCAAUUUUGUUGAAGUUUGAGACAAUUUUAGUAGGGUACUUACUAUGGAGAAUCUAAAAAUGUGGAAGAAACUCAUUGAUUGAACAAAAGACGAACAAGAACAGAGCAGUGUGCUUAAUAAAUGAUCGAGCAGCUCAAUCCACUGAAUUAGCAAACUAGCCCACACAAUUGUGACAAUAUUUAUUGAAAAUAAUAAAGUAUAUUUUCAAAA